UUAAUUCGCUACAUCUCAGUAACAUUAUUGAUUUGCCUUAAAAUAGUCCUCUGCAGUCAGACACAGAAUUUUGCUGGUUGUGCAAUUGAUUCAAAUGCGAAGGUAUAUCAGUGUACAAGAGAUGUUUUGGAAAUUCAAAGAACACGUGUCAUGCCAUUUGGAGUGUCCUGUAUAGUUUAUGAUGAUAAUGUCGAAUACAACAGAAGUUGCUAUGAUAACAGAAAUAAAGUGGUGGUCCACCGCCAAAAAAGAUUCGAUGAAUUCACAACAGGAGAAUUUGCUGUGGAGGGAGCUUUUGGUCCGAUCGGUGCAGCCAUUGGUACUGCAGUUGGAUUCGUUGUGGACAUACUAUGUAUAUUCGUCUGUGGAAAACAGGAUCCCCCGCCAGAAAAUGAACCACCAUACGUUAAAACACCGGCAAGACUUCAUUCGACGGGUAUGAUAGUAGCUGACAGUGGAAAAACAACUGCGACCGUAUCAUGGACUGCGCCAACAUUUUAUGACAAGGAAGACGGGGUGGAAUUAAGGUACAAUACAUCUCCUGAGACUUUUCGCUCCAAUGGAAUGUAUUCAGAAGGAAGUCACACAGUGUUCUUCUCAGCUAAAGACAGUAAAGGGCUACCGGUGCAGUCAAGUUUGGGGUUUAAAAUAAAAGUUAUCCGCUGUGGUAAUCCGCCUUGGCCGAAACACGGCAAUCUAGACUGUAACAAUACUCAUAAUGGUAAUAUACUCGGUACGAAUUGCGCUUUGAAGUGUGAUGGAGGAUAUAAAUCUACUCGUUCAAUGACACAGUGCACACUGUCUGGCAAAUGGUAUCCACCAAAAGCGCUUGAUUGUAAACCUAUCGAAUGUCAACCGCUUCCGUUCAUUAAGAAUGGGCAAAUAUCAUGUCUGGUGGCCGCAUACAAGGAACCUUGUCAAGUUAGUUGCCAUCCCGGUUACAUUGUCAAAGGUGUAAGCCAUGUUAUGUGCGAUGCGUCUGGCAACUGGGGAACAAUGCCAAAUUGCCAAGAUACACAACCCCCAAAGUUCGGUGAAGGAGAGUGUCCACGUGACAUGCAGGUUAUCAUAGACUCGCCUAACAACACUGCUUCCGUUAAAUGGGAUAUUCCUAUUGGGCAAGACAAUUCAAAUGAUGCAGUUAUUGUAACUGAAGUUCACGGUUUUAUCCCCGGAAUCAGAUUUCAGGCGGGGAACAAGACGAUUAAGUAUACUAUACGCGAUGCUGCCAACAACACAGGGGAUCCUUGUAUAUUUAGGAUAUAUAUUCAAUCUGUAACCUGUCCCCCACCUGAUCUGGAAAAGGAUGGACGAGAUAUAAUUUUAUACGACUGUCCAAAUAUGUAUGAAUUGGGCGCAAGCUGUACAUUAGAUUGUGAAGGCGGAUAUCCGUUGAUCGGGGCCAAUACAAUCAGAUGUGUAUUCGACAUACACAAGAAAGCACGUUGGCAUUGGGAUUCCUUCAAACCUUUUUGUAAUGAAACUAACUGCAAUAAAUUGCGGGAGCCUCUCAACGGAUCAAUUAGCUGCAGUGCUUGGACAUACGGGCAGAUGUGCACAAUGCAAUGCCAAGAAGGUUUUGAUGUCCCCGCAAGUAUUGAUGGUCAGUUUGUGUGUGGCACAUCAACAGGAAAAUGGAGGCCUUCGAGUUAUGUACCAAAUUGCAAUGUUAAAACCAAAGCACAUCACAUGAAUUUGCCUUCGGAAUUUUAUUACUAUACCGAUAGAUGCAACAAGUCAGAUACAAACCUUCUCAAAAUACAGGAAAACUUUGUUAAAGCAUUAAACUCUUCGAAAUUUCCUGAGUUUUGCCGACAUAAUCCCUAUUGCCAAGCGAAGUUUGUCGAUGUUACAUGUGGACCAGCAACAUCACGCAGGAAACGCGAUAUCCAUCCACGAUCAGCUGCAAAUCUCGCAUACAUUAUUAAUUUCGAGUUUGAAUUACCAUUUAAUGUUCCUUCUGGGACAAGUGAAUCAGAUGCGUUUGAAGAUACAGAGAAAUUGCUCUAUCAAAUGGCUGAUGUAAUGCAAAAUGCUGUGGACAACGGUGAUUUUAAUCUGCCAGGGUUGCACGUGAAAAGCGAUUCAUUCGCAUUUGGCUACGCGCAGUUAAAAUGUGCUAUUGGUAUGGUUGGUCGACGAAAAACGGGAUCUUGCGUCGGUUGCACAGUUGGACAGUUCAUGUCUACUCGAUCGGCCAGAUGUGAGGACUGUGCGUUUGGAAGUUAUCAAGAUACGUCAAAUAGUAUUGCAUGUAAAGUUUGUCCACACCUAACAAACACAACAUCUAUUGGUUCCACUAACAUAUCGGAUUGCAGAGCGUUUUGCCUUCCCGGGCACUAUUCACCUACCGGUCUUGCUCCGUGCGCAAAGUGCCCAAGUAGCUACUUCCAGCCGUCUUCACUGGCUACUUCAUGUAAUGCUUGUCCGUCUGGUACAAGGACUAGGUCCGAAGGUGGAACAGCGAUAACAAACUGCACAGAAUAUGAUGUUAAAACACCGGAAAAUGCUGAUAUUUCUCUUGGUGUCAAUACAUCAUCGAGCGAUCUUACAGUUACAAUUUGGACAAUGUUUCGCAAAAACGUACCCCAAGAACAACAAAUGGUAAUUGCGGGUUUGAAUAGAAUGGAGAACAUUACAAUUGACUUAAGUCAACAGCCACAAGUCAAGAUGAAAGGCAAAGCAAUAUGUACCUCCAGUCAACAUUUAAAAAGGCUCUCGUGGACUCAUGUUGGAAUUGUCAUACAGCCUUUGAAAUUGGAGGUUUUUAUUAACGGGAAAGAAAUUUGCAAUCAAACAGACUUUUAUGAUUUCAGCCAUUUGAAUAAUUUCCCUACCAUACAAUUUAUCGGAGAAUCACAAUUGUCUGAAUUCUUUGUAUUUGAUCGACAAACAACUACCACGGAGAUGAACAUUUUAGCCAGCACUUGCGGUUCGAAUAUUUCAUCAGCAAUAAUCACCAUUGAUGACUUGGCUGGCCAGACAGGUGCUAAGUUCAUCAUUCCAUCAAUGUGCGACGCAAUCAACGAAUGCAAUAGCUCGCCCUGUGGACGAUUUGAAUGCCAAAAUCAGAUUGGAGGGUUCAAAUGUUUCUGUAGUGGUGGUUUUACUGGGAAACAAUGUGAGAUUCCACCGAACUUUUGUGGCGAUAGUGAAUGCAAGAAUGGUGCAACGUGCCGAAAUGACGUCAGUAAUUACACGUGCAUAUGCCCUUUUGGCUUUUACGGACAGAUCUGUGAACAAAAAGCUGUAAAUGGAAACUGGUCGGCUUGGUCCGGGUAUACGGCUUGUUCGGUCACGUGUGGAGGGGGCUUCAUGACGAGGUCGCGAACAUGUGACAGCCCCAAGCCGGACCCGGAAGGGAAGCCAUGCGAGGGAAAUAGCACUCAAACAGAGAUAUGCAACAUUGAUAUAUGCCAAAGUUGCAGACGUUUGAGAAGCUCAAUAGGGAUCUCCAUACAAUGCAAUGAGUCUCAGGAAGUACAAAGCUGUACACUUGGUUGCAGGCCUGGUCUUUUCUUUGUUGAUCCUCCGCUGCCCGUGUAUGAGUGUGGACUUGCUACAGGUUACAAGUGGAAUCACGAAAACAAAAACAACCCAACAGGUCGCUUACAAUCUUGUUCAGAGCUUAAACGUCCAUCCCAAACGGGGGCAAUUUUUGACGGACAUUAUGACACCAUUCCUUGCAAUAAAGAGAACAUAGAAAGAGUAAAAUUGGAAAUGACACCCAAACUGUCUCAGAUGGAAUGUGUAAAAUCUGGUUAGUGUAUUGCUGAAAUGAAAGCAAAAAAGUGCACGGCUAUGAGUAAAGGACGGUCAAAAAGAAACGGAAUUUCUCUUGUGAUCCUGAUGAAGUCUUCUGAACCGAUGUCUAACGACAGUUUCAAUAUCGCUGACGUGAUGAAAAAUACAUCGGAACCAUCGUCAAAGCUAAUAGAUUUUAUCAAGCAAAACGUUGAGCUCGAGAAAACUGCGCAGAAAUUAGUCAACGAUUCGGUAGACUUUUUCCAAGUUACAAUAGAUCAUCAAAGCCAUACAGUUGCCCCAGGACCUACAGGACUCACAACAUCUCCUCACGUAUUGUGUCCAAAGGGAACAGCUCCGUUAGAAGUAUUCUGUGCGGAAUCUCCAAUGGGAAUGUUUUCCGACGGACAAUAUGUUACCAUGUGUCCAACCGGGCAAUACCAGGACGAAAAGGGUCAGGAAUCGUGCAAGUUCUGUCCAAAAGGCACGACCACUGAGGGAAUAGGGUCAAUUAAUGUUUCGGACUGCAAAGGUAAGCGAUUUAUAUUUGCGUAAACAUAUUUAAUCUAAACAAGGCAUUUUGGGGGAAAUCUUUUUGCCCUUAUAUCUUUUUUGUAUUAUAGCAGUGUAAAUACUACUAGAAAAGAAAACAUUUUGUUCUUUCCAAUAAAGUAGAUUUAAACUUAACAUAUCGUUAAUGAUAUUAAAGAUGUUCGUUCCUUCGUUAAAGCGAUGGGGUGGUAUAAUCAACGAUCGUGCGGAAAAUCGUAUCGUAAGUGCGUACGACAGGUUUACGAUUUUAGCUACGUGCGUCUUAUCAAACGUGUCGCAAGUAUAUCAGUAUGUCGUAAUCUUACGAUAAUCGUAUGCGUGCGCAUUUAAAGCGAGCUCUUCAAAAGGAGGUAUUUAAAUUAAUAUGUGUUGUCUGCAUAAAUAGAACUGUCACUUUUACGUAACCGUAAAAGCUGACACUGUCAAAAUAUAAAUAAUGUCGUUUUCCUCUGAAAAGAAGAAAAAAGGUCUGAACUAAAUUUAGAACUAAGAAAGCACUAAAACUAUUACGUUUUGGGGGGAGGGGGGCUUGUAAAAGGGCAAAGAAAAUAGAUAUUUAUUUAACACCCUAUUAACAUAAUAGAUAUGAAGUAAUCAAAACUGAAUGUUCCAGAGAUAGGAUAUUUCGUCCAUCACUUCAUCAUGUUCCUAAGGUAUGGUAUUUAUUACCAUGGCAUACUCUCAUCUCCAACGAAUGGUAAUUUUAAUCAUCACUGGAACAAUAGUGGUAUUUGUUACUGCUAAAACAAUACAGAAGUUGAAAGCUAACCGGUACAAGAAAUUUAUCUCUGACAGUCUUUAAUAUUCCCAGUUAAUUAUGAUUUAAGGGUCACAACAUAUACUUAAGUCUUAGGGGGUUACAAUAUGUACUAAUACAUUAAGGUGUCACCACAGCGUUAUCAUUAUUAAAGGGGUUACCACAGUUAGUCACCAGGUUAUCACUUGGUAAGGUUCGAGGUGGUAAGUCCAGGGUUUAAUCCAGUUUUGUUCAAAUAUGCAACUUGUCGGCAUUUGGUUAAAAAGGGUUAAUUUUACGUUGGUCAACUCUUACAACAAUACCUGGUCUUUUAUUUAUAAAGUUUGGGAAAGUGUUAUGACGGUGCUUUUGUCUCAAGUGGUAUGUAACCCAGCCGACUGUUAGGAAGGGUUUUUAGAGAUGCGCUUGCUCUCUCUUCAAUGUAUGUCAUGGAGCACAAUGAACGUGGUCCGGAAAUGCUUCAAAUAUUUACAUUUUCAAAUCAUUUGGAAGGAAAGAUUAGCUAAAACAUGUCGCUUUUAUUAAUUAUGUUUUCUUUAUUUGUUACCAGUUUUAGUACAAUGAUGCUUUUUAUUAUGAAACUCUAUGAUCACACAGUUUUAAACCUUUCAUUUUAUAAGGCAGACUGUGUGUGAUGUUCAUAGUUUCAAACAAUGACUGAAUCGUAUCUUUGAAACGUUUGCGCAUGAGGUGUAUUCUUUCGUCUGCAGAUAGAGUUUGGACCACUAAUCAUAGAAGUACUUGGGGAUUAACAUGAAGUUUAUUAUUAUUUGUUUUAGUUUUAAGUUUCCUUAAGCUAAUACAUACUUUGAUAAGAUUUUCCUUUUAAGUUUUUUCUUUAUUUAGGAUUGUUGGGAUAAGAGUGAGGUUUGAACACUUAAACUGGUUUAAACCCCCAGUAAAUUUACAUUUUACUGACCGUUCCAAGGCGGUACCUAACAAUCCUUGAUAAACACACAUAGUUUUUUUUAUUUAUAAUAUGUAUGCACCGUGCCGUUUGUGGAGUUUUGUGCUGUUCUUCCAUGUUUCUUGUUUGUUAUUUUAUGUUAUAUGUCUUUGGCGUUUACCCAGUGCAAUUAAACCGGGUUUAUGUUUAAACUUUUUGCUACUGAGCUUGUUUCUGUAGCUUUUUGUAUAAAAAAAUGAAAGGGUUCAAGUUUAGUAAUAAAGGUAUUUAGGACUAAGGGAACCAGGCCACCCAAAAACACUUCAGUGAUGUGAUCACGUGGGUAUGAUAUUGUCCGGGAUGUUGGGGCGCUGCGAGCAGGAUCCUGAUUGGCUGGCUGGAACGCUACGGUUUCUGAUUGGCUGGGAGUAGGAACCCGCGCAAAGGGAAGCAAUACCCCCCAGUGCGAUACACAGAACCAGACCUCAACAGAUACAGACACAAACAUUAUUCUCCGGAAAAUCAUGGAUUAGCAAUUGAAAGAGGCCCAGCUGGAAGGAACGGAGAUGAGGCAAACCAGGAACAGCUUCAAGACUAUACACCUUGAUGCAUGGGAAGAAAUGGUAUUGACAUCAAUUACUAAGAUUUCAGUGAAAAGGAUUCCUGGGGGAUGCAGUGUGGGGUGAAAUCAAUGCAUGAAUCAGAAAAAAGAAGAAGGAACAUCAUCAAAACAGGAAGCGGCAGGACAUUCGAAAGAACACCCAUCGCCAGUCAAAUUUUCUUCUUGUGAUACAACAGGGGAUGCGAAUAAUAAUCUUCAGCUACAAAUUGUGAUGGCCCAGAAACAGCAAAACCGUAUUCUGUCUUCCCAGGAUUCAACAUUAAAGAAAAUGUUAGAACAUCAAAAAGACAAACCCGUUGACCUUUUACAUUUUUAAUAGAAAUUAAGAAAGACAUUCAAACAAAAUUCUGUAUUGGAUUCACUGUGCAGUGCUUAGGUCUCAUUGAAAAUGUAUUAAGGUAUAUUAUUCAACAGUAUUAAAGCCACUUUUAUGAUAUGUGAACUGCACUGUGAUUUGACAUUGUUCAUGUAACUUACUGCCCUCACAUCUAAGAUUUUGACUUAGGUCCAUCAAGAGAAAUUUGCCAUUUAUAUAGAGGAUAAAUUGUUUGUUUCUGUGUAAGAUCAUAAUAUAUUCCACCGAAUUAGCACCAAAAUUUAUAUGAGUGGCAUAGACACGAGUGAAAUAUUAACUUUUGGUAUUCACGAGGUGAAAUAUAUUGCUAUCUUACGCUGAAGCAAAUCAUUUUUUUUUUAUCAUAUGCCUAUAUGUUGGAAUCAAAAGUCAUUAAAUUACACUGUUUUUAGAAGAAAAAAAACUAAAAAGGUAUGCGCAUGUUCGGAAAUGACGUCCUUAAAAUAGUGCCAAAAUCAUUUGCACACGAAAUAUAUAUAUAUAAUAUUCAGGUAUACUGUUGAUUUCAAGAAGAGGCAUAUAAAAUUACUAUAGUUGUGUCUCUAUUUACUAAUGUGUUUGUUAAAUCAUGUUGACUUGUUGUAAGAUGAAAAUCCCGAACCUGCACUCAUUUGUACAAGGUUUAGGGUUAGUGCCAUACUGAUGUAACUCAAUCAAUUUUGUAUCGAAUUGAAACUGAACGGGUGUUUUCCCAAAGCGCAAAAUUUAGCAUAUUCAAUAAAUUGAAAAUCAGUUUUUUUGGCCAUUAUGCAUUUACUUCUUUUCAUUUGGUGCCAACGAUAUGCUGUAAUUAGAUUUGCAUAUGAUGAUCUAAGCAACUAUAAUGGUAUAAAACUAGAACAAUUGUGAACUCCCUGUAUACAUAAAAGACACACUGAAAUGUGUGCGUUAUUCUUACAUAAUGGUUUGAUUGGCAUUUACAUUUGUAAAACAAUAUGUUCUUUUAACAAGACAAAUAUUAGACAAGAUAUGUUCAACAUUAGUUUUGUUUUUUUAACACACAAGAAAGACACUGAUAUAUUAAGUAGCAUAUUUUGACUACGGACUGAAAGUUUUGGCAAUAAAAUAACUUUUAAACAUUUUUUAGGUUAGUUCGACUUUCUUAAAUAAAUGAUAUGUUCAAAGCGGAAAUAAUUUUGAACAGCAUUGUACAGAAAUUACACGAAUAGUAUUGUAUUGAUUAAACGAUUAGUUGUUUAAGCUUUUAAGGUAGUUGAUUUGUAAGUAGGUUAUUGAAUGUUAUUGGUUGACAUCAGGAAAAUCAAAUUGAUGCCCUAUGCCAUUCUGUUGCCAUAAUGAUGUUGUAUCAUGUUCUAUCGGUAAUUUUGAGCAAAAUUUUAAUUUAUAUUACUAUGCUUGCUAAAAAGGCAUAUGGGUGAUAUCACAAAUGUCAUAAAAACUUUUACUUCGUAUCCCAUUUACAAUUUUCAAUGUACAGCACUUUUUGGCUUAGUGGUACUGUGAUACCUCUAGUUCUUUACAUUAUCGUAUAUUGGUUGUUGUUAAGAAGGUGUUCUACAAUUAUUCUUAUUAAAAUAAUAUGUGAUAUUUUAAUGUUGUUAUGUUCAUGUCAUCAUUUAAAUCCGGAUUUUUCUGAACUUGUUUUAAUAUGGAUCAGCUCAGGAAAAAACUAGGUAUCGAGAUUAAAAAAAAUUUGGAAGUUUUUUCCAUGUGAUAGUCGAUAUGUUUUAGCCAAUUGUGCUUUUUUUUGUUAGAAUACUUGCCAACAUGUUGUCCUGAACAACUGUGAAUAGGGGUCAACUCUGGUCAAAAACUAGGUAUUAGGUAAAUUCUUAUGGAGUUUUUUUCCAUGUCAUAAAGGUGAUAGUAUUAUCCAAUUACUAUGAAUAUUUGUUUGAAUCAUAAUUUGUCAGCAUUGUAUCUUAGGCUUUUAUGAAAAUAGGUCAAUUUUGGUAAAACUUAGUCAUGAGGUUAAAUAUUUGGAAUAAGUUUACCCUGUUCUAGAUUUGUAUUCAAAUUUAGAUAUCUUAUUUUUAGUAAAAUAGUGCAUGAAAUUUUCGAGGAUUAAGUUUGUUAUUUGGAAUUAAAAACUAGGUCAAAUCGAAUAGUUUCUGUUGAUCUUCAUGAUAUUUUAUCAGAUUAUUUUAAUGAAGACACCUCUCAUAAGCCUUAACUCAACUCUUAACUCAAAUCUUAGGUUUGCAAAUUUGCAUCCUCCAAUAAAACAUUCCGGCUUUAAUGUGGCGUUGCCACAUUGGUGUCUUGUUAUGAUAUAUGAUUACCAUUUGUUAGUGUUAAUAUUGUUUUAUAUUACCAGUAUUAAAAUAGGAAUUUUGGAGAAUGAAGGAUUUAUUUUGCCACUUAUUUGUUCCAAUGACAAUUAAUAUAUCAAUAUCAUAUAUAACAUAUGGCUCGCAGAACAGUUUAUAGUAAUACUUGUACAAUAAGUUCACUCUGAUCAUCGAAACAACGUGUACAGCCAAUUCGGAACCAAUCACUUCCAGUUCAAGGUCACAAUACUGUUUAUUUGUUGUUUACUUUUACAUCUCUUAGUAAACUUACACAAACAUUUGUAUAAGGCUUUGUAGCAUUUAUUAACUCAA